GGGUGGUCAGAGAAUUUUCAGUCUGGAAUUUAGCAUCCCUGUCCUGAACAGCAGAGCCUGGGUUGGUGUAAACGACUCAUACAGACCAAGGCACUAUCCAGAAUCACCUCUUUUAUUUCCAGUGGACAACUGUGAUUAGAAAAGCACCUGUGACAAAAUUCAAGAAAAUUUGCUAUAAAUGAAUAACAACUCAACAUGUAUUCAACCAUCCAGGAUCUCUUCCAUGGCUCUACCAAUCAUUUAUACCUUCCUCUGCAUCAUUGGUCUCUUUGGAAAUUCUCUCUCUCAAUGGGUAUUCUUAACAAAAAUAGGCAAGAAGACAUCGACGCACAUCUACCUAGCACAUCUUGUGACUGCGAACUUGCUUGUGUGUAGUGCCAUGCCUUUCAUGGGUAUCUAUUUCCUGAAAGGUUUUCAAUGGGAAUAUCGAUCUGCACGAUGCACGGUGGUCAAUUUUUUGGGUACUCUAUCCAUGCACGUGAGUAUGUUUGUCAGUGUCUUAAUUUUAAGUUGGAUUGCCAUAAGCCGCUAUGCCACCUUAAUGAAAAAGGAUUCAGUCCAAGAGACCACUUCGUGCUAUGAGAGAGUAUUUUAUGGCCACUUACUGAAAAAAUUUCGCCAGCCCAACUUUGCUAGAAAACUGUGUGUUUACAUAUGGGGAGUUGUACUCGGCAUAAUUAUUCCAGUUAUCAUAUACUACUCAGUUGUAGAGGCUACAAAAGGAGAAGAGAACGUGUGCUAUAAUCGGCAGACAGAACUAGGCGCCGUGAUCUCUCAGACCGCAGGUCUCAUUGGAACCACAUUUAUUGGAUUUUCAUUUUUAGUCGUACUAACAUCAUACUACUCUUUUGUCAGCCAUCUGAGAAAAAUAAGGACCUGCACUUCCAUUACGGAGAAAGAUUUGACUUACAAUUCUGUGAAAAGGCAUCUUUUGGUCAUCCAGGUUCUGCUAAUAGUUUGCUUCCUUCCAUAUAGCAUUUUUAAGCCCAUUUUUUAUGUUCUGCACCAGAGAGGGAACUGUCAGCAACUGAAUUAUUUAAUCGAAAUAAAAAACAUCCUCACCUGUCUUGCAUCAGCCAGAAGCAGCACAGACCCCAUUAUAUUUCUUUUUUUAGAUAAAACGUUCAAAAAGACACUAUAUAAUCUCUUUACAAAAUCUGAUUCACCACAUAUACAACCCUAUAGUUGACUUCUGACUAGAAAACACCAGCAAAUAGAAAAGUGUUUGUGUGGCGAUUUAGGGAUACUGGACUACAUGAUUAACAGGUCACAGCUUGAUUGAGAUAGCAGGCCCUAAGAAACCCUCUUUGGUUUUAGAAAUAACCACAAAAUUCACUUUCCAGCUCUACUAAUACUGCAAGUUGAGAUGUCAGAGACUUUCAGAGGCAAAAGUCAAGCAUAUUGAAAGGAUCUCACUGCAUAUGAAAGCAAGAGACCAUUUUCUCUUUCAACUCAACUGUGUAUGCUUUUAUUCAGAACAAAACAUUUCAUGACUGUAGGAUAAAGCAGCAAAUGGUUUAUGACUUUUCUCCUUUCUAGUAGUGGCAAUAUAAGGGCCCAUCUGGGCCUAGGGUUUUGUUGGUAACUUUAAAAAUGAGUAAAAGAAAAAAAGUCAGUCAGAAAUUUCCUCACCAAAGUCCUAUCUAGAUGUACGAAUAGUAGAGUGUAAAAAGCCAAGGCUUUAUAAAUGCCCUAUUUUGUAUUGUCUGCUCAUGUUACUGUGAGACCAAUAAUCAUCGAUUCCAGUAUUUAUUACGCCAGUGUUUUUAUAUAUUUGGGUUAGGCUUGGUCGAAAUAAAAGGCUAAUACAAU